AUGGCGGCCGCCCGGGUGCUGUGGGCCGGUGGCUGCCGCCGCCGCCGCCGCCUCCUCCUCUCCACCUCCGCCUCCUCCUCCACGUCCUCCAGUGGCGGCCGCGCGGCUGAGCGCGGGGAGCGGCCGGACAACGCGGGCCCGGGUUUCCGUCCCCCCGCGCACUCGCACAGUGACUGGAUCGGGCCCCCGGACAAGCACUCCAACCUGCGCCCCGUCAUCUUCUACGUGCCCCCCGAGGAGUCGGCGCUGGAGCGGCGGCUGCGGGAGGCGCGCCAGGAGGCCCAGGCCAGCAACCAGCGCUUCUGGGCACGGCACAACCGCGCCUUCCGCCAGGAAAAAGAAGAAUUUAUUUAUUCAAGACUGAAAGCCAAGGGUCUGGAAAUGAGAGAUGAAUCAGGUCAAAAAGCAACACUGAAUGCAGAAGAAAUGGCUGAGUUUUACAAGGACUUUCUAAAUAAAAAUUUAAAAAAGCAUUUGCAGUAUAACAGAGAUUGGUAUAAACAUAACUUUAGGAUCACAUUCCUCAUGGGACAAGUAGCACUGGUGAGAGCUCUGAGGUGGCUUCGCUGGAGAAAGAAAAAUGUAGAACAGUAAUCACAGCUUCAUGAAGAAUGCAACAUCAUAUGCUAUAAACUUGUGGUUUAUAGUAAUGUUCAAAAUCUGAAUGGUUGAUGCAAUAAUUACUUGAAUUUGUUUGUUAAAACUAUGUAAAUAAAAGUCAACACUGCUUAAUUUAUAA